AUGUCUCGUUUACUGGUCUUCGUAUGUUUCUGUCUGAUCAUCUCUCCAAAUGAAGCGUUUCUGAAGGGUGUCAGUCAAUGUAGCGAACGUCAGUUGAUAGUGAGUACAUCUAUUCAGUCCGGAAUGACUUUGCUUAGUCCAUAAAGCAGUGCUUCUUCAAGUACAUGGAAGAAGUCUACGAAGAUAUCAAUGACGUCCUGCUGCCCACUGCUUUAAAAGAGUUAUUAUACCGUAUGACAAAGGAGAAUUCCGAGUGCAGGUAUGUUAGGAUCGAAUUGCUCAUUCCAAAUUUUAUACAUUACACUUGCUACAUAAUGGGAAUAUUUAUCUUUUACCCCAAUCAGCACAUAUUACAUUACACCAAUCAUUGUGAAGUUGAGUGAGGUCUUUGGGGAACAUAGAGGACUGGGGCUGUCGCAGAUGAGUGACGUUUCUUUCAACCGAAGAAACGUCACAAACUGGCCAAUUUCUGUGAUAUUGAGGUAUCAUCAUGCCUAAAAACAUUUCGCGCAAAACGAGAAAAACAUCGGGGGAAGAUCAGGAAAUACGGAGAUGAUCGCAUUGUGCAGGUUUUGGGGGUUUUUACGGUGCAAUAAAUCAAAAGAGCCUAUGUUGAUAUGUAUAAUAGGAGUUGGCCUGUUGCCGAUGACUGAAUGGCCAAAUUCGGUUUAUUAGUGGAAAAUGCCAGAAGACCGUUUGAGAGAGGUACAGGAAUUUUGAGAUAUCGUUUGCCCUUAGCAAGCCUUAGUGGUUCCAUUCCAGACAUGAUAAUAAAUAUAAUUCAGGAAAUUCUGGAAUUUGGCGAUGUGUUUCAAAUUCCUAGAUCCUUGUUAUGAUAACAUCUGGGACAGUCUCCAGCGUACUAAACUCAAUGCGGCUUUUUCCUAUAAGUACAGCAUGUGCAGUGGAAUGGAUUCUAAAAGUAAACCCUACUGAUUCUGCUUACUCCUGUUUUUAGAAGCCCUUUUUGCUGUGAAAUGCUUGGAUAAUUACGAACGGGAUCAUGUUUGCGAAAAAAAUAUGCAAAUGUCGAAAGAUAUGGAAGUUUGUACCUCGUAAGUGCUUCGGUUAAAAUUGUUUUACGGACCUUGCUUUAGGCAAGGCCAUAAAAUCUUCAAAUGUUUGAAUUCAAAGACCACCCGCCAACUGUGUGGAGAGCUGGAUGAAUCAGAGCACACGGUCGUUUGUCAACUGUAUACAUUCAGAAGAGUGAUUCCAUGUCUCCAGAACAAUUGUGCCCUCAGAUAUCUGGAGGACAAUUAUGAAGAUUCAGAAGAAAAGGAAGAAUUGUAG